AUGGCCUCAGGAAAGACCCCAACCCCAGAGCUGCUGAAGGCUGAGGAGCAGCAGAGUGUGAGCGCUGUCAAUCGAGUCACCAGCCUGCCCUUGCUCAGUUCUGCCUUCAACCUGGUCUCCUCUGCCUACAACCAGACCAAGGAGUCCCACCCCUGCCUCAGUGGCGUCUGCAGCGUGGCUGAGACCGUGGCUGCCGUGGCUGUGGGCAGCGUGGUCGGAGGGGCACAGCCCAUCCUGAGCCAGCUCGAGCCACAGAUUGCCCUUGUGAAUGAAUAUGCCUGUAAAGGUCUGGAUCAGCUGGAGGAGAACUUGCCCUUCCUGCAGCAGCCAGCAGACAAGGUAAUCUCAGACACCAAGCAGCUGGUGUCCACCAAGGUGACAUCUGCUAUGGACGCUGCCUGCGAGGCCAAGGAAGCGGUGGCUGAUAAAGUCACUGAAGCUGUGGACCUCACUAGAAGUGUUGUUGGGGACAGUGUCAAGCUGACCAGGUCUGUGGUCACCUCCACUGUCAGCAGCGCUGUGGAGGCUGCUCAGGGGGCCAAGGAGCUGGUGACCAGCAAGGUGACAGAGGCUGUGGAUGUCACCAAGCACAUGGUGGAGGACAGCGUUGACAGGACCAAGUUUGCAGUUGCCUCUACGAUUGUCAAUGCUGUAGAGGCUGCUCAAGGGGCCAAGGAGCUGGUGACCAACAAGGUGACAGAGGCUGUGGAUGUCACCAAGCACAUGGUGGAGGACAGUGUUGACCUGACCAAGUCUGCAGUUACUUCCACGAUUGUCAGCGCUGUGGAGGCUGCCCAGGGGGCCAAGGAGCUGGUGACCAACAAGGUGACAGAGGCUGUGGAUGUCACCAAGCACAUGGUGGAGGACAGUGUUGACCUGACCAAGUCUGCAGUUACUUCCACGAUUGUCAGCGCUGUGGAGGCUGCCCAGGGGGCCAAGGACCUGGUGGCCAACAAGGUGACUGAAGCAGUGGACCUGACCAAAGGGGCUGUUCAAGACAGCGUUGAGAAGACCAGAUCUGUGGUCACCUCUACGGUCAGUACAGCUCUGGACGCUGCCUAUGGCACCAUCACCAGCAAGAUCAACACAGCCCUGGAGCAGGGCAGGGAGGCUCUCCAGGGGGGUGUGGAGAUGACCAACUCAGUGGUGACCAGCAGCAUAAGCAAAGCCAAGGCAGUGAGCCAGGCAGUGGCUGGAGGUGUGGAAUCUGUCCUGGGAAUGUCAGAAGAUCUGGUGGAUCAUUACCUCCCGAUGACUGAGGAGGAACUAGGUAAACUGGCCACCACGGUGCAGGGGUUUGGCAUGGCCUCCGUGGAGGAGCAGAAGAGGCAGCGGAGUUACUUUGUGCGCCUGGGCUCGCUGUCGGGCAGGCUCCGGCACCGAGCCUACCAGCUCUCCCUGGCCAAGCUGCAGGGCUUCAGGCACCGCACCCAGGACACCCUCUCACGGCUGCAGCUGGCAAUAAAACUGAUUCAAUCUGUGAAACAGGAGGUUGGCCAGAAGCUGCUGGAGGGACAGGAGAAGCUCCACCAGCUGUGGGUGGACUGGAGCCUGACCCAGCCCAAAGGACACCAAGUCAGAACUGCCUGCCAGCCAGAGGUGGAGCCGCGCACUCUGGCCAUGCUGCGCAUCAUCACCCAGCAGCUCCAGCCCAACUACGAGAGCCUCAGGCUCAGCAUCCACGGCCUCCCCAGCAGCAUCCAGGAAGCUGUGUCUCAGGCCACUCGACACAUCCACAAGCUCCACAGCUCUUUUUCCAGGGCCGUGUCCUUCCAGGACCUCUCCAGAGCCACCCUGGCCCGGAGCCAGGACCGUGUGGCAGAGGCCCAGAGGUCCCUCGAUGUCCUCCUGGACUAUGUCACUCACAACACCCCUCUGAACUGGAUUGUGGGGCCCUUCAGGGCCGUGGCUAAAGUGGCACAGGACAGCAGAAAGCACAAGAAGAAAGAGAUGAGGAGUGAUAGAAAAUUACCCAGGCUGGAAAAGGCUCCACUAUCACAGGAGGUGACAAAGGCACCUGAAGAGCCAAAGGGAACCAACAGGCUCUCAGAAAAAUGGUAUGAAGUGCUAGAAAAGCUGGAGGAGAAGGCUGGGAAGGACACAGAUGUGGCCCUGGCUGCCAAGGAGAUAAAAACCACUGCACCAGAGGAAGAUCUCUGA